AUGUCACGAAAAGGAGUCGGCCUGGCGGCCUUCGACCGAAGCCGGAUAACCUCUGCCCAAUACGCCAGCCACGGCAACACCCUCCGGUCCGCCAACGCCCAGGCCCUGGAGACACAGCUGUCCGUCUUCAGGUCGCUCCUGCAGCAGUUCGCGCAGACCCACGCCAAGGACAUCCGGUCGAGCCCCAGCUUCCGCGCUCAGUUCGCGCGCAUGUGCGCCGCCAUCGGGGUGGACCCCCUGGCGAGCAGCAACAGCGGCGCGUCGGGGGGCUCGAUCUGGUCGCAGCUGCUGGGCCGCUCCGUGAACGACUUCUACUUCGAGCUUGCCGUCCGCGUGGUCGAGGUCUGCGGGGAGACGAGGAGUGAGAACGGCGGGCUCAUCGAGGUGCGCAAGGUCAAGGAGAGGAUCAUGAGGGGUCGUAUGGAGGGCUCACAGGAGGUCACGGAGGAUGACAUCCUACGAGCUGUUGGUACUCUCAAGCCAUUGGGCUCGUCAUUCUCUGUGAUUAAAGUCGGCAGCAAGCCGUACAUCCGCUCGGUUCCAAAGGAGUUGAACACAGAUCAGAGCGCAGUCCUCGAGGCGGUCCAGGUGCUCGGAUACAUCAGCGUCUCCAUGCUGAUGGCGAAUCUCCACUGGACGCGAGCUCGAGCCGGAACUGCGCUGGAUGAUCUACUGGGCGAGGGCAUGCUGUGGAUCGAUAAGCAGGCCGAUGAGUGGGAGUACUGGAGCCCUGGCUUCAUGAUCGAAGCGCAGGAAAUCUUUGCCCCUGAGUGA